AUGUUUCAGUUUCCAGUGAAAUCAGCGUAUCAUGGAACAUUUGCGUCGAAAAAUACCAGAUUAUUGAACGAUGGGAACACGAUCCGGGUACCAGCUUUUGGGACGGCGAAUCCUGUUAAUGAACUGUAUAAAGUACCUGAAGCAGUCUUUUCGGCGAUAAAGACUGGGUACAGGCAUAUAGAUACGGCUGCGUCAUACGCUUCUGAAGAUUUGCUAGCACAGGGUCUUAAUGAUGCAAUAAGCUAUGGGAUCGUUACACGGGAAGAAACGUUUAUUACUUCUAAGAUGGCGCUGGAAGCAAAUAGACGUAAAGACGUAGUACCCGCAUUGAAGCUAUCCUUGAAGAGACUGCAGUUAGAAUAUGUUGAUUUACUGAGAAAAAAGACAUACAAUCUCCUAGACAUUUGGACCGGCUUUGAAGACGCCAAAAAGUUAAAUUUGACACGAUCCAUUGGCGUUUCGAACUUCGAGAUAGAACACUUGGUUCAGAUCUUGCCAUAUUGCACAACGAUGCCUGCUGUUAAUCAACUUGAGGUAAACCCUACCUUCACAAAUAUGGAAUUAGUGGAAUAUUGUCAGAAUCAAGGGAUAAUCGUGACUGCUUAUGGACCCAUGGGCUUCACGGUGCCAAGGCCCGGCGUUAACGAUCCACCACCACCUUCGUUGAAUGACCCUGUGUUGGUGAAAAUAGCCAAGAAAUAUGGCGUCAGCACUAGUCAAGUCGUGCAUCGAUAUUUGGUAAACUUUUUAUGA